GGGCGUCCGCGGAAGUGACGCGCCCAGGGUUUGUUGACAGCGGCGGCGGCGGCGGCGGCUGCAGGCUCCGAGCCUUGAGAGCCGGAUCGGGGGAGGGGCUGGGCCCCGGAGGCAGCACCCUACGGCCCUCCGCCCCGCCCGCAGCCCUAAGGGCAAGGCGCUCCGGACCAGAGCCUCCCGGGUCGCAGCCUCCGUUCCUCCUCGGCGAGGAAGCAUCCCGUCCGCUCCCGGGGCCGAGGGAUGUAACUGCGUCCCCCCGCGUCCCCUCCUGCCUCCCGCGCCUCAGCAUCGCCGCUGCAACCACUUGCACAGGCUGCGGCUCCGCCAAUGCUCCUGUGAGUGUUGGGGAGUCACCGUUGCCCCUGGGGGCCCCUGUCCUGAAAUAGCCUACCUGCCUGCCCCGAGCAUGGCGUCUGAUACCCCUGAGUCCCUGAUGGCCCUCUGCAGCGACUUCUGCCUGCGUAACCUCGAUGGCACACUGGGCUGCCUGCUGGACAAGGAGACACUGAGGCUACAUCCAGACAUCUUCCUGCCCAGCGAGAUCUGUGACCGGCUCGUCAACGAGUAUGUGGAGCUGGUCAAUGCCGCCUGCAACUUUGAGCCACACGAGAGCUUCUUCAGCCUCUUCUCGGACCCCCGCAGCACCCGCCUCACCCGCAUCCACCUCCGGGAGGACCUGGUGCAGGACCAGGACUUGGAAGCCAUUCGCAAGCAGGACCUGGUGGAGCUGUACCUGACCAACUGCGAGAAGCUGUCAGCCAAGAGCCUGCAGACGCUGAGGAGCUUUAGCCACACCCUGGUGUCCUUGAGCCUCUUCGGCUGUGCAAACAUUUUCUACGAGGAGGAGAACCCAGGGGGCUGUGAAGACGAGUGCCUCGUCAACCCCACCUGCCAGGUGCUGGUCAAGGACUUCACCUUCGAGGGCUUUAACCGCCUGCGCUUCCUCAACUUGGGCCGCAUGAUCGAUGGGGUCCCCGUCGAGUCCUUGCUGCGGCCACUCAACUCGCUGGCCGCCUUGGACCUCUCAGGCAUUCAGACAAGCGACGCGGCCUUCCUAACUCAGUGGAAAGACAGCCUGGUGUCCCUUGUGCUCUACAACAUGGACCUGUCGGAUGACCACAUCCGUGUCAUUGUCCAGCUGCACAAGCUGCGACACCUGGACAUCUCCCGAGACCGCCUCUCCAGCUACUACAAGUUCAAGCUGACUCGAAAGGUGCUGAGCCUCUUUGUGCAGAAACUGGGGAACCUGAUGUCCCUGGACAUCUCUGGCCACAUGAUCCUAGAGAACUGCAGCAUCUCCAAGAUGGACGAGGAAGCCGGGCAGACCAGCAUCGAGCCUUCCAAGAGCAGCAUCAUGCCCUUCCGGGCUCUGAAAAGGCCGCUGCAGUUCCUUGGGCUCUUCGAGACCUCCCUGUGCCGCCUCACGCACAUUCCAGCCUACAAAGUAAGUGGGGACAAAAACGAGGAGCAGGUGCUGAACGCCAUUGAGGCCUACACAGAGCACAGACCCGAGAUCACCUCACGGGCCAUCAACCUGCUUUUUGACAUCGCACGCAUCGAGCGUUGCAACCAACUUCUGCGGGCCCUGAAGCUGGUCAUCGCGGCCCUCAAGUGCCACAAGUACGACAAGAACAUUCAAGUGACAGGCAGUGCCGCGCUCUUCUACCUGACCAAUUCCGAGUACCGCUCAGAGCAGAGCGUCAGGCUACGCCGGCAGGUCAUCCAGGUGGUGCUGAACGGCAUGGAAUCCUACCAGGAGGUGACGGUCCAGCGGAACUGCUGCCUGACCCUCUGCAACUUCAACAUCCCUGAGGAGCUGGAAUUCCAGUACCGCCGGGUCAACGAGCUCCUGCUGAGCAUCCUCAACCCCACGCGGCAGGAUGAGUCCAUCCAGCGCAUCGCCGUGCACCUGUGCAAUGCCCUGGUCUGCCAGGUGGACAAUGACCACAAGGAGGCCGUGGGCAAGAUGGGCUUUGUGGUGACCAUGCUGAAGCUGAUUCAGAAGAAGCUGCUGGACAGGACAUGUGACCAGGUGAUGGAGUUCUCCUGGAGCGCCCUGUGGAACAUCACGGACGAGACGCCCGACAACUGUGAGAUGUUCCUCAACUUCAACGGCAUGAAACUCUUCCUGGACUGCCUGAAGGAAUUCCCAGAGAAGCAGGAACUGCAUCGGAAUAUGCUAGGACUCCUAGGGAACGUGGCAGAGGUGAAGGAGCUGCGGCCCCAGCUAAUGACUUCCAAAUUCAUCAGUGUCUUCAGCAACCUGCUAGAGAGUAAGGCCGACGGGAUCGAGGUUUCCUACAACGCCUGUGGCGUCCUCUCCCACAUCAUGUUUGAUGGGCCCAAGGCCUGGGGCAUCUGCGAGCCCCAGCGGGAGGAGGUGGAGGAGCGCAUGUGGGCAGCCAUCCAGAGCUGGGACAUCAAUUCACGGAGAAAUAUCAACUACAGGUCAUUUGAGCCAAUUCUUCGCCUUCUUCCCCAGGGCAUCUCCCCUGUCAGCCAGCAUUGGGCCACCUGGGCCCUGUACAACCUUGUGUCUGUCUACCAGAGGGCAGUCCUCACAGGCGGGUCUCUGGGCCACAGGCUGAUAGAAGACCCCCCUCAUCGCUGCUGUCUGCCCCUACCCCACAGCGGACAAGUACUGCCCACUGUUGAUCAAAGAAGGUGGGAUGCCCCUUCUGAGGGACAUGAUCAAGACGGCAACUGCACGGCAGGAGACCAAGGAGAUGGCCCGCAAGGUGAUUGAGCACUGCAGUAACUUUAAAGAGGAGAACAUGGACACGUCCAGAUAGAGGCCUCUGCCUGCGCGGCCGCCACUUCUCUGGACCCCAAGGCCGGGAGGAAGUGCUGCCCAGCAGCCCAGCUGGCAGACCCCACCCGGGAGCCUCCCACUGGAUGAAGGGACACAGGGAGACUUUUGCACAACCGACGCUUUUCCUUAACAUUAGUGAGAUAUAUAUAUUAUAUAUAUAUAUAUAUUAUUUUUUUUGGUUAGGAAGUGUGAAGUUUUGUGUGUAUGAUUUCUGUACAAAGACAAAAGAAACACUCCUUGAAUCCCUGCAGCUUCCUAGGCCCUUCUCAAGACCCCACUCAAAGCCUUCAUUGCUGCCACAUUCACUCCUGCCCCGGCCAGACUAAAUGCCUCUGACGCCGUGUCUGGUCCUUUCCGGUAACCUCAGACCCUAGCCUCACUUCCUUUUAGGAGAGGCCGCAGGCUCUUAGUGGCCCUCUCCACUCCCUGCCCUCCCUGACAAAGCCUGAGGGCCACAUCUGGGUUCCUGGGUGUGGCUGAUGGGGUUUGGGGAUUAAAACUACCCCACUGGGUCUCCCAAAUGCCUUGGUGCUCCCAGCUCUGGGCAUUCUGGGGCAUGGCAGCUGGGCCCAGGCCCAGGCCCAGGCCACCCCAGAGGACCCUCAAGGAGAGGGGUUCACAGUGGCCCUGCUGCUCUCUGGCCUGGCCUGCCUGAGGCCAUGCUGCUAUGGAGGCUGCCUCCUAGUCUCCCACCAGGUCCCAGGCUGUUGAAGGCCCCAGCCCAGGGCUGGUCCGAACUCAGGCAGGUGCCACUGCCUCUUCCGCCAAACACUUCGAGAACCUGCCCCCAGCCCUGGAAGCCAGCACCUUCUGGGGUCAGGGGCUGGCUCCCUCACUCCCCAGCCCUCAUCUGCCCACGACACCCAAGGUGCCCACCGGGCACCCCACCAGCGGAACUGAGCCUGCCUCAUUCACCCCAUCUGUCCACUGCCCAGAGGAGCCCACACUUCUCACAGGCAGGAGGCCCCCACUCCAGCCUUCCCCAGCAGCAACAGGCAGCUGCCUCCAGACCAGCACCCGGCACAGCCUGCAGCGGCCCCACUCAGCGCUCCUGAGUCGCUCCCACCCUGCCCCAGACUUUACCUUGGGAACCUCUGCGCGUUUCUUGAGAAGUGUGAGCCACAAAUGUGUCUCAGAAUAUCUUGUGGUCUUCCCUUGAUGUAAUCCAAAUUGCUUCUCAUGGGACAGAAGGGGAGGCGGCCUCUCCAGAACAAGGGGUCUGGGAAGCAGGGCUCACUCUGCAGGCAGCCCUUGGGGGAUGGCUUUUCUUCCCUCCCACUUGGGCUUUUUGAUUCCUCUAGCAUUUCUGCUCCUAGGCAGAAAAGGCUGGAUGGGCAGCCCAGGGGAGGGGCACUUCUGUGUCUCCUCUAGUCUUUGCUCCCAGCCCUGGGAUGCGUUCUCCCAGCUUGGCAGGUGGGCGGCAUCUGUCCCUCCCUUCCGUGCUCACGUGGCCUGAGCCAGACCCCAGGCAGAGCUCAUGUUGCAUUGCUUUACCACCUGGGGCCUGGGAAAUGUCUGUACUUUGGGAUGUCACAGAAAUACAUUUUUGUGCAAAGUGGA